CAAAUAAAAUAGACGCUGAACAAACAAAACAAGACGAACAUGUCAAAUUCAUUGUUGUUUUGUUUACGUUUUGAGAACGGUGGUACGGUACAUUUCAAUAUCUAGCGCUUGAGGAAAGCCUCUUUUGGACACGAACAAUAAGUACGCAGCAAAGGACAUGGAAGAAAGCGACAAACGCGUAAUGGAUAUUGAAAAAGUGUUUGCAAAAUUUCCAUACGUGUGCCGGGUUUGCUUUGUGGAAGAUUCCGACAGUCAGGCGGAUUUAUACCACAUCGACGAUGUGUACGUGAAGCCAACUAGUGCAGAGCAUAUAAAUUCUUUUCGCGAUAUUCUAACUAUUUUUGUAAAUGACGAGUUUGAAUCGCACGAAGAGUUAGUACCGACGAGCAUUUGUGACAACUGUACAUCUCGGGCACAGAGCGCGUAUCAGUUUGUCGAACAAUGCCAACAAUCAGACAAGCUGUUGGAACAAUACUUCAAAAGUAUAAAUACGACAAAAGCACCCAAACCCGAAACCAAUCAAACGACAUUUGAACAAUUUCCACUAGAAGAAUGCAACGAUAACAACGCGAGUGUUGAGCACGUAACAAACACACCUUUGAAAUGUGGUAAAGAAAAGCAGAACAAGCCAGUUGUGAAAUCACAACUAAAGAUGACAUCAAAAGCCAACCGUUGGUGUUGCGACAAGUGUGCCAAAAGCUUCAGUCAAUCGCAAGCGUUACGCAGACACUAUCGAAUACACGACGAUACGGGACACAACAAGAAAACCUGCGUACAAUGUGGUCGCCAGUUUUUGAGAUCGGAUGAUUUAACAAGACACAUGCGAACUCAUUCCGGUGAUCGUCCUUACGAGUGCAAACUGUGUUCGAAAACUUACAAACAUUUAUCGGUGCUGAAAGAACACAUGCUGACACACAGCCGGGAGAAGCAUUUCAAAUGUCCGGAAUGCACCAAACAGUUUUCCUCGCGCAAUGGUCUAUUCGUACAUUUGAAGGUGCACAGGGGUGAAAAGCCACACGCUUGUCCACACUGCAGCAAACGAUUUACCACUUCCAGCGAGCGAAUUUCCCACGUUCGACACAUACAUUCGGCCAAAAAAUAACGAUGCGUGCAAGCUUCAAGAAUCAUCAAGUUAUGAAUGAAUACUAAAACACUGCCUAUUGGAAAUAAUAAAGCAGAAUGAAUGAACUUAACA